UUAGUACUAUCUAAUUUAUCAGAGCAAAAGAAAGUAGUAAAGGAUAUUAAAAAGGUAGAGCAAGCGUUAGCUAAGACCCUAAGUCGUUUAUCUUAUCUCUCUAUACUUAAUAGUACCUUCUUUAUAAUUGUAGUACUAAGGUAUUCUAUUAGGGAAUAUCUUAUCUAA